AGGAACAAGGUGUGCACACAGCUCUGUGUGUAUGCAGUAUCUGCCUAUGUCAGCUUGAUUUGGAGAGGGCUGAGUGCUUGAAAAAAGAAAGAAAAGAGAGGAACAGGACUGGGAGGAGGAGGUCUUAGCACUCAUUUACAGAUGAGCUGAAGCCCGAGAAGGAAACACACGGGCUAUUGGAAUGGAAAAGUCUGGGAGUGGAAAUGGUUUCAGCAGGAAGAUCUGGCCCAUGGAGGACAACAUGCAGAGACAAAGAGAGUCCGUCUCCCUCACACCCAUGGCCCUCGGCGUGGAGAACAUGGGGGCUGAGUUCCUGGAAAGUUUGGUCCCUCAGCUUGCUGUCCCUGUUUCAGGAGGAAGGCCGACUCCCUGGUGGCAGCGACUCAAGCCAACAAGGCGGGCACACUGUGGAGAGGAAGCCCCUUCGGGGAUGGAGAAGCCUGCAGUGGGUCCUGCGAGGAUGUCCCAGGCCACUCUUCCGAUGGAUGGGCACAGGACUGCUCUGUACUGCAUACGCCGCCUUCCUGCUCACUGCUUGUCUUCUGGACUUCCAGAGGGCCCUGGUGCUUAUCAUUGUCACCUGUGUGGUCCUAGCCUUCCUGGCCCACAGCCUACUGAAGAGGUGUUUGGGUCCAACAUUGAGGAAGUGUGCGCCUCUUCAGGGCCACCCUCGUCUGCUCCUCUGGUUUAACCGAGCCCUCGCCCUUGCUGCGGUCCUGGCCCUGGCCUUGUGGCUGGGGCUGGACACCUCCCAGAGGCCUGAGCAGCUGGUGUCCUUUGCUGGAAUCUGCGUGUUCAUCUCCAUUCUCUUUGCCUGCUCAAAGCAUCGUCAUGCUGUGUCCUGGCAGACUGUGUUCUGGGGCCUCGGGCUCCAGUUUGUGCUUGGACUCUUCGUCAUCAGAACAGAGCCCGGAUUUGUUGCAUUCCAGUGGCUGGGUGAUCAGAUCCACAUCUUCCUGAGCUACGCUGACGUGGGCUCCAGCUUCGUGUUUGGGGAGGCUCUGGUCAAGGCCAUCUUUGCCUUUCAGGUUCUGCCCAUCAUUGUUUUCUUCAGCUGCAUCAUGUCAGUGCUCUACUAUUUGGGCCUGAUGCAAUGGGUGAUCCUGAAGGAGCUUGUGCCUCCUCCCCAGAUUGCCUGGCUGAUGCAGAUCACCAUGGGCACCUCAGCCACCGAGACCUUGAGUGUGGCCGGAAACAUCUUUGUGAGCCAGACUGAGGCUCCCCUGCUGAUCCAGCCUUACCUGGCAGACAUGACGCUCUCUGAGGUCCAUGUGGUCAUGACCGGGGGCUAUGCCACCAUCGCCGGCAGCCUGCUGGGAGCCUACAUCUCUUUCGGGGUCGACGCCAGCUCGCUGAUCGCGGCGUCCGUGAUGGCCGCGCCGGGGGCCUUGGCCCUGUCCAAGCUGGUCUACCCCGAGGUGGAGGAGACCAGGGUCGGCAGCGGGGAAGGAGUGAGGCUGAGCUACGGAGAUGCUCAGAACCUUGUAGAAGCCCUCAGCAGUGGAGCCACUACCUCAGUUAAGGUUGUUGCCAACAUCGCUGCCAACCUGAUCGCGUUCCUGGCUGUGCUGGCCUUCAUCAAUGCAGCAUUGUCCUGGCUGGGUUCCCUGGUGGAUGUCCCAGGGCUCAGCUUCCAGCUCAUCUGCUCCUAUGUCCUGCGGCCAGUGGCCUUCUUGUUGGGUGUUCCCUGGGAGGACUGCCCGAUAGUGGCCGAGCUGCUGGGGACCAAGCUCUUCCUGAACGAGUUUGUGGCCUACCAGGAGCUAUCUGAGUACAAGCGGCGGCGCCUGGCUGGGGCUGAGGAGUGGGUCGGAGCCAGGAAGCAGUGGAUCUCGGUCCGAGCAGAAACCCUUGCGACCUUUGCCCUCUGUGGAUUUGCCAACGUCAGCUCCAUCGGCAUCAUGCUGGGCGGCCUGACCUCCCUGGUCCCCCAUCGCAAGAGCGACUUUGCAGGGCUGGUGCUGCGGGCGCUCUGCACCGGGGCCUGCGUGUCCUUUGUCAACGCCUGUGUGGCAGGCAUCCUCUAUGCACCCAGGGGACCCGAGGCCUCGUGCUGGGGCCUCCUGAACCGCACGCUCAGCAGCAGCAGCUUCGAGGUGUACCAGUGCUGUCGCUGGGCCUUCCAGAGUACCAGCCUGGAGUUCAGCCCAGCGGCGCGGGACAACUGCUGUCGGUUUUACAACCACACGGUCUGUGGCUAGGGCCACUGGGUGUCUGUUCCUCUGCAGAGCAGCUCUCCCUACUUCCCUCUCCGGGCCGCUCCUCAGCAAGUCACAGGGCCAGGGCCACCGCAGGGCCACAACUGGGAAGGACCCUAGCCCUCCCUGCACCCCAUUUCCACUUUCUCCAAAAGUAAAUUCUCAGGGUCACUCUUCUGUCCUGAGGCUCUGUUCUUCCCUCGUGUCAUGGAUAUCGCCCCUGAGGCCUCCGCCCUUCUGGAUGAGUCUCUGCCAUGCCUGAGGCCUGGACUCAACAGCUUUGCCCACUGGAGGCUGCUCCUGGAGACCCCUCUUUCCAUCUGGAGAGGACCCCUCCUACCCCAGCUCCCAAGCUGGUGUCUGUGGGCCAUCAUGUAUCUGUGUUCAGAGGGCUCUGCAGACGAGGCUUGGAAAAGUGUGGCCCCAAUAAAGGUCCAUGCUGUUA